GGCAUAGCACACUACCAGCAGAGCAACAAUCCUCUUAAGAAUUGCACAAAUAUCUGCCGAGGCCACAGACAAAAUGCAAACUAUGACGGAACUGCUUGAUCAGACUGAAAACGGUCUGCUUGAAUGCAAAGUGUGCUUUGAAAAAUACAACCAGCAGAAAAAACGCCGGCCAAGAAACUUACCGUGUGGGCAUGUUAUGUGCCUGGAGUGUGUCACAUCACUAGCCCAUCCCAGGAGUUUUAAGUUGGAGUGCCCUUUCUGUCGCAGAGCUUGCAAAUCUUCUGAGACUAGUGACUGCUUGCCGUUGUUGCACCUGAUGGAAAUCUUGAGCUCUUCAACUAAUAAUGCUCUAGUUUCAGGAAGGACAAUUGGGACAGGUGAGGAUAUGAGUACACCAGCAUCUCGGAUCUUAUCAUUUCACCUCUCUUUUGGAGGAUGGGGAAUCCUGAUCAAUCCAACAGGGACUGCUGUGUGCCAGAGGUCUGGCUGUGUAGCAGUGGCUCACGAUGGCAAGAAAAGGAUUAAGCUGUUUACUUUCAAUGGGAGCUGUGUACAACAGUUUGGAGAAAGAGGACAGGCAGGAAAUGACAUCAGGUACCCGAUCGACGUUGCAGUCACAUUGGAUGGUCAUAUCGUAGUCACCGACAGUGGGGAACGUUCAGUCAAAGUAUUCGAUUUUAAUGGGAGAGGCAAGCUAGUCAUCUCACAGUCCUUUUGUUUACCAUGGGGGCUGGAUACUACACCUCAGAAUGAUAUCAUAAUGACCGAUUCGGAGGCUGGUACUCUGUAUCGCCUGACAGCUGACUUUAAAAAGGGAGAAUUAAAGGAAGUGAAAAGACUUUAUUCUAACUUGUGUACCCCGAAAAAAGUAGCAGUUUCUUGGACCUCUGGAGCCAUUGGAGUCAUAGAGCAUUUGAUGGCAAAAGGACCAAGCUAUGGCAGCACAAGAGUGAAGAUCUUCACUGCAGACAUGCAGCUCAUAAGCCAGGUGGACACUUUUGGCCUGAAUCUAGUAUUUCCUUCCAAAAUAUUUGCCAAUGCUAUAACCUUCAGCAGGGAAGGCCAUAUAAUAGUAACUGAUGGCUAUAACCAAGCAGUAUUCUGCCUUGGAAAACCUGAAGAAUUCCCUGUAUGUAAGCCGAUAAUUACCCAGGGUCUUUCUUACCCAUUGGCAUUAACUUACACAGAAGAUAGUUAUCUGAUUGUUUUGGAUGGUGGAGAUCAUUCUUUAAAAGUAUAUAGUGCUAGCUGAAGUGUGCUUUUUUUGGGGGGGGGGGAGGUUUUGCUUUCACACAGCCUGAUCCAGUCCGUAGCUUAACAGAGAGAAUACAUGUAAGUUCUUCAUGCCUAACUCUCCAACUUAGGGUUGCCAGGUUCAGGGCCUGAGAAUGAUGCUGUAUCUUUAGGAGAAGAGAAAG